AAAAUUUCCACUGUCACACGAAACAAUAUAGCAUAUUAAGCAUGGCGUCGACUGCUAUGGAUGAAGUGGGUGAAAUCACUGCAAAAGAUGAAGAAUUGUGCACCAUUGAAGCUUCGGUGGUCACUGGAUUCGAAGAGUCAGCUCGUGGGGAAGCCAAAGAAAAAUUUGACACAGAUGUCAAGGCAAUGAGAGGCAGAAUUAUAUUUAGAAUCCCUUUGGAUAGAGUGGAAGAUGUAGGACAUUUAAUUUAUUAAAUUUAAAUUAUUAAUUAUUUUUUUUUUUGUUCAGUAUGUUUAUGUUACGGCAUAGUAGUAAUACACCACACGGUAGUCAGUACUAACUUACACUCCUUACUUUCCGACUAUUUACUGUUUUAAGCCUAGUAUUUUUUAUCUUCAUAUUUUGUAGCAUAUAUAAUAUAUCUAUAAUAGAUUCUAUUAAAUUAUUAUUAAAUUUAUUCAUUUUAAUUUUAUCAUUAUCAAAAUAUGACAUAUGCUGAGACUGAGACUGUUUUAGCCCUAAAUAGGAAACCUGGAAGGCUUACUCAACUAAGUUAUGUAAAAUUUUUAAAUGAAUUAUUGAUUUUUAUUGUAGUUGGUCUCUGCAUCUAGGGAGGGGAAGGGAGGGGGGUCACAUUUUAGGGGAAGGGAGGGGGGUCACAUUUUUAUGACGAUCUGUGAUGGGGAGGGGCUUGUCUUAAGCAAUAUGACGUCACAUGAAAAAAGGAAUAUUAUAGUAAAGAAUUGCACCUAAUAACCGAGAAUAACCCUAAUUUUUAACUGACAUUUUUAACAUCAUUAUUUUAUUUUUAAACUACGAUCACUGAGAGAAUCAAUACAGGUAUGCGAGGUCGGAAAAAUGGCCUUUGAUCAAGUUACAGGCCGCCAUGAAGGAGGAGAAAAUGGGUGUGAUGACAUUAACAGCCGAAAUAAUUUAUAUCAAUAUGUGGAAACAGGAGACAGAAUUAGGACUACCACGUGAAAAAGGGAGAGGGUGAAUGUAAAUACUCUAGGGCAGGGAUUCUUAACCUUUUUGCAGCGCUGCAGGCCCACUUCGUUUUCAACAUCCAAAACCCCCCCCCCCCCAACCGUAUAAUUUAAAUUGUACUAAAAUUCAAAAUAUAAAUUAGGACUACCACGGGAAAAAGGGAGAAGGGGAAUGUAAAUACUCUAGGGCAGGGAUUCUUAACCUUUUUGCAGCGCUGCAGGCCCACUUCGUUUUCAACAUCCAAAACCCCCCCCCCCCCAACCGUAUAAUUUAAAUUGUAAUAAAAUUUAAAAUAUGAAAAUAAUUAUAUAAUUUAAUUAUUGUAGUUAAACAAGACAAAAAAUUACCAAUACAAUUAAUGCGUAAAAACCAUUCACCAGAUAAACAUUUAAUGCAGCUAAUCAUAUUGCAUAAAAGCUUAUAUAUUUUUGUUAAAGUACAACAUUUAGCAAUGGUAGCAAAGACAAUUUUCUGGUCUUCUGCACCUCAGGACUGGCUGGGGAGUUACUUUUACCCCUGGUUAAGAACCACUGUUCUAGUGUAAUGUUUCUGACACAAGCAGUAAUUUGAUAUUCAUGGGAGGUGAAAUUAUAAGGGUUUGUAAAGGAACGUUGUGGACACAAGGCAUUUUUAUAAGGGAGGGUGUAGAGAUUUGUGACAUUAUUUUUGAAGGUGGUCUACCUUUUUGUUAUGAUGGGGGAGGGGGGUAAAAAAUCAGCAAAAUUUGUGUGACGUCAUUUAUGGAUAGCCCCUUAUACCUACGUCAUAAAUGUCUAUAAUUUAUUUACAUAUCCUUUGAUGGUUAUGAUAAUAAAAUGCAUUUGCGAUUUUAAAUUAUCCAAAAUUAUGCUUAGGAUCAGGCCAAUAUGAGCAAGCAAGCAUUGCGUUCUACCUAUUAUUUCGCUAAGGGUGCUUCUUGUCAUACCAACACAGAGCAUAAAAUAAUAACAGUUGAGAUUUUGAAACAUUUUCAACUUCAAUGGGUCUCAAACUUUUUACACAUGACUAACAUGAGGACACAAUGUAUAAUUGAAAUUGCAUCAAUCUACUAUAUUAUUGUCUAAGUUAGUUUCUAACUUCUAAUAAAUAAUAAAAGUGUUGGAAUGAGAUAAAGCUUCAAAAUAGAUUAAUUAGACACAAACAAUGUGUGUCAAUAUAACAAUGUAUGUUGAGCUUUAAUAAUAAUGUUACAUAAUACACAAAUAGACGUUUUGGCAAAUGUUUCAUCAGUAUAACAAAUAACAACAAAACAUUUAAAUAAGUGUAUAGUAAUUUUACAUAGUAUAUAUAUGCAUAUAUCCUACCUAAAAAAGGAGAAAAAAUAGGAGUGGGUGCAAAAAAACCAGACAGAAACAAAGUAAAGAAGAAUGAAAAGGAAGUGAUUUAAAAAAAAUUUGUAAAAGCAGCUCUCACUCGAGUUAAGAACAGAAUUCUUUUAAAGCUACUUAUUCUGACACUAGGGAUAGGUCUAAAUUUAUUUUAACUUUUCAUCCCCAUAACCUUAAAGCUCGUUUUCUGGUUCCGAAAAUCUGCUCAAUUCUAAUCUAAUGGCAGACCCUGUCACCAAUGAGAUUUUCAGAAAACCUCCUCUUUUUGCUUUCCGGAGGGACAAGAGCCUUAGGGACAUGCUAGUUAGAAGCCACCUCCCUGCUAUUAAAGCACCAAAAGUUGCAACCGUAGCCGUUGUAAUACAUGUCCCUAUGUGAGUGAAGUUGAUAAGGUCACUCUCCCUCUGGAAAUAUUCAGAAUAAAAGAUGGCUUUACCAAACCUGUUUACUCCCCAAACUUUUAAAAUCGUACAAUAUCACCAGAAAAUUGUUCAAUACAUUAUCUUAAUAGUAAAAGAAUAAACAUACAGUAUAUAAAAUGUAUACACCUCAAAAUCGUACAUUGUACGCCAAAAUCGUAAGAGUAAACAGGUCUGCUUUACCUGCACAAGUUGCAACGUGAUUUACACCAUCCUUUUUAAAAAAUACAGUAAUUUUAUGUAGGAGAGACAGGUCAUCCCCUUGUAGACUGGUUUAAAGAACACCUCUUUAACAUAAAUAAAGAGGCUCUCUGUCCGGUCUCCAAACAUUUCAAUAGCUCUAACCAUGAUGGAAUUUUAAAAAUGGCAGUUACUGGUAUUCUGUAUGCUAGUAACGCACCUGAUAGGGUCUAUAUGGAGAAUAAAUUAAAACAAGAUUUUGUACGUUAACUCCAUACAGGAUAAAUCAAAUCCACAAUUUAAGUAACUGCCAUGUCUUUUUCCUAUUUGCUUUUUUUACUCAAUUCUGUAAAAAUUAUUAUUAAAGCUUAACAUAUAUUGUUAUAUUGACACAAAUUGUUCAUGUCUAAUUUAUCUAUUCUAACUUCUAAGAAUAAGUAAGUACUAAGCAGUUUUCCCUUUAAACAGAUGAGUACAUGGAUCUAAAAAAGGUUUUUCUCUAUAUUAUCAAUGCUCUACUAUCUAUCAUUAGACCUCCAUUGGGAAUGAGAUAAAGAUGUAAAGUUUAUUUUUGGGGCUAGACCAUAAAGGCCUAAAUAUAGGUUGGGCACGACUGGUUUGGUUAAUAAGUCUUCCCUGUAGUUUAACUCAAACUUCCCAACUUUAUGCCCUUCUAUUUUUCAUAUCUUGUAUAAUUUAUGUUGAAAAUUCACUACUCAAUCACCAUGAUUGUACAAGUUUAAAACACUUUUAUUUAAAUGACCCAGCCAUAAUAUAAAUUACAGACAUAAAGUAAAUUAAGUCUAUUAAAUAUUUUAAACAUCCGGUCAAACUCAAAAGUUAUUUUCUAUGUAUGAACAGAUAAUAGCAUAUAAACAUGUGUAUUAUUACAUAAUGAUUUAUUGCGCAUUUAGGUUUGGAUAUUCUAAUAAUGUUAAAUAUGACAUAUGUCAUAGAGUUGACAAAAUGUUUGAAAAGACCACCUCCAAAUUUCAUGGGUUAUCAAAUUUUGUUUAUACUUAAUACACUUAUAUGAUUGAUGUUUAUUUUAUUCUUUUGGGUGCAUUAGAGUGGUGCCUAAAUGAUUGUACAAAAACUUUUUUUAUUUAACUUUAACUGAUCUAUGAGUUAUUCAUUUAUUGACCAAUUCAAUUUUAAAAAAUUUAAAUCUCAGGUAUUCAAAAUGGGAUCUAUUGACAACUUUAGAGUUGUUAUGCACAAUGAACCAUACUUCAGAUUUACAGAUCAAGUAAGUUAUUUAUACAAAUAUAAGUAGCCUACACAUCCGCAAUAUAACAACCACACAGGCCUUCAAAACUGCACUCAAAACACAUCUAUUUAAACUAUACUACUCUGACUGAUUCUCCUCCUAUAAACCGAUAAACGUACAUGGGUUUCCUUGUCAAAAUGUCUGGUGUGGAUGGAUGAAUAUACCUCUGGUGUUGUUUUGCUUAUAUGUUGUUUUUAUUUCAUUUAUGUAUUUUAUUUUAAUAUUAUGAUUAUGCCUCUUUGCUAUAUUUAUGUACAGCGCGGUGAGCCCAGCCCUAGGCCGGGGUACCGCGCUAUAUAAGACCACUUAUUAUUAUUAUUAUUACUAUACAUUCAUGUGACUUAAACCAUUAGAAAAUAAUAUUCUUUAUUUCUCAUUUAUGGAUGUAAAGAAUGAUACUGCCAGAUAUUUAAUAUAAACAAUUAUCUGAUUUCAUAAAUUCUAUUUUAUUUGAUUUAUUGGCUAUCUUAAAAUGGAAAUCACUUUUACUGGAUUUUUUAAUAUCUGUAACAUAAACAAAAUAGUGUUAAAAUUACUUGUUUCUGAUUCUAAUUCUUAAAGACAUGUAUAAUCCGCCAAUAAAUUAAUUAAAUAUAUGAAUUCAUAAUUUCAUAUUUAUAACAACUAAUUAUUAUUUAUUUUCAUGUUCAAGUUAAAUGUAUCUUCAGAAUUAUUAUUGAUCUUAUUGUGUCUUCACAUGUAUCAGUGUCCAAAAUAAAUGGAGAAGGCCAGUUUUAACAAACCAAGUUAUUUGGAAAAGUUAAUUAGAAGAAUUGUGAAUUUUUCAAAUAUUUUGUAUAAAACUAUGUGCCUUUAAAUUUUAAAUAAUGGUUCUCAUCCUUACUAGCAUGAUAGUCUUGCAAGGCUUCAGAAAAUGGUUGCUAAUGUCAACUGGGAGUCAGGCCUCAAAGUCUGGAAACGUUUCAAUAAUUUCCCACAUCCUAUCCCACCUCAUCCUGAGGUAGUGCCUUCUCCAGAUGAUCUUGUAGAUGUGGUUAUACUUAAAAAACUGCCAGCACCAAAAAGCAAAGAGGAAAAGAAGAAUAAAAAGGGAGGGAGGGGAAAGAAAAAAGAAAAUAGAGGUCCCAGAGCAAAAUUUCAAGACAAGAAAGAAGUCAAAACUGAAUUGGAUUCAGAGCUGUUGAAAAAAACUGAGGAAAGUGUUAACAACUGUGAUAAAAAUGCCAACUUCCAGUGUCUUAAUAUUGAAUCUUUAUGCAUUGAAGAUGCUGCUGCAAAACCUGUGUUUGACGAUGUUAAGAAAGAUUCAUUGACAUCUACAGUGACUGUAGUUUUUGAUGAGAAAUCUCCACAGGCCAAUGAGGUAAUAAAAGCAAGUGAACAAGAUUCAGAGGAGAAGCUAACUCCAUGUCAACAAGAACCAAAAACUGUCAUUAUAAAACGUAAAGAAGACUGGGAUAAGGAUACAAAAAUAGAUAUCAAAGUCCUGUUGCCAAAUCCUGAUGAAGAUGCCUUUCCAGUCAAGCUGAGUGACAAAGACCAGCGGGAAGUUGAGCCAAUGGAAGUUGAUCUGUCAUUGUUGAAUGCAAGUUUAAGUCAAAUGACUAAUGAAGAAUCUGCUGGGUCUGUGAAAAACUUGGACACUAAAACAUCUGUAGAAGAAGGCAGGGAAACACCUACUUUGUCAGAUGACUCCAAACCAGCUGAGAUAAAAUUGAAAUCAAAGCAAAGCAUUUCAAGUGUUAGUGAAAAUGAAUUCGCGUCAUGCAUAAUAGAGAGGCUGACCUCCCCACCAAAUUCUCCCAUGAGAGAUUUUGAGACUACUUCUAUCUUGUCCCCUAAGAAUACAGGUACUCCUCCACCUACACCCAUACGAAGCUUGGUGAGCCCAGUUUCUGACCCACCAUUGCUGAAAAAUGAGUUUCCAGAGGGUCAGGUUGAUGGUGAUGAAUCAUCCUUUAAUGAGUCUUCUAGUCCUAAGAAUGAAAGCAAAUUUUCAGAAACUGAGGAAAAAGGAGUUGUCUCUGAUACAGCUCAAAUAAAGCCUGUACGGGACCCAACCAAACCCAAAUUUCGUGUUACAUGCAACAGAGUGGGGGAAUCACACCCUUUUGAUUCACCAAGUGCAGCUGCUAGUUUUGGAAGUGCUAUUAUAACUUACCACAAGUGGCCAGUAGAUCUCAAGGAUUUUGACAUCGAGGCAAGGAUUGCUUUUUUGUUUCUCUCAUGUUGUGUUGCCCUUUUUUUUUGCUGUCACUAUAGUUAGAUUUAUUAUAUUAUGCUGAAGUCAAAUAGAAAUUUAUGCCAAACUUUACUGUCAGGAUGAUGUAGUUCUGAAAUCAUAAUACCAUGAUAGCAGUAAUGUGCUGCUUAUAUAUACAUAAAAUAUGUUUAAAAUGUGUUAGGCAAAAACUUGAAAUAUUAACAUCAAAAUAAUUAAACCACAGAUGGCAUAGAUUAUUCUUCUUUAAAAAAAAAAAAAAGGAUACAUGCCAUAUAACCUGAAAAACAGCACUAGUUUUAGGGAGAUGGGGCAGCAUGAACUGAAGAGCUGUGCAUUUUAGCAGCACAUCAGUGCAUUCAGGAUGUGUGUUUUAAACUGUUAAUUUAUACAUUUAACAAACAUGGAGUUGUUUUAUGAAACAUAUUAUUAUAUUAUGGACUAGUUAAUGUAUUAAUCAACAUCACAAUAAUACAUUUAAUCACAGGUACUGCUUAACAUAGAAAAUGAGGAAGUAACUGUCUCUCUUGCCCUGACAAAAAUGAGUUUGCACAACAGAAACUUGGUGGCAUUUGGGCCAACUACUCUAAGAGCCACUAUUUGCUAUAACAUGCUCAGGUGACUGAUUAAUUGUAAAUCCACACAUUGUACCUAAGUCAGCUACAGUGAAAUGAAAUAUGUUAUAUUCAUCCAUAGUUGAUUGCUGUAAAAAAAUAAUGUAUUAUUUCACAUAUGACACCAACACAAUUUGGGACUCCCUCUUUCCAUAUUAUAAUACUUUAAGACAAAAUAAAAUCACUCAUCAUCUCAUAUUCACUAUCACACUGUAUCUCAAAAUUCUUAAAAUAUCUUCCAAGCUGAUUGCAUGACAUAAGUUAUGAAGAAAUCUCUUAACAGUGCAUUUCCUCAUAAAUUAUAAAUUGAAAAUAUAAACUGAUGAAUUUGUGUGUUUUAGGCUAUGCCGUAUAAAAAAUGGAGACUUUAUAUGUGAUCCCAUGUGUGGCACUGGAGCAAUACCUAUAGAGGGUGCUAUGAACUGGGUAAAUUGUUUUCAUUUUGGUGGAGACUGUCAUGACAAGGCCAUAGAACGUGCUAGCCAGAACAUAACAGCUAUUCAAGACAAAAGGAAACUGGAAAAGAAGUCAGUGCAAUAAUUAUUAAGCUUUGUGAUUAUAAUUAUAUAUACAAUUUUCUAUCCAUCUUGACCUUCUUAAAAUGCAUUUCAAGUACAGUUUCAAGUACAUAUUUUUAACGAUUGCUGUCACUAUGUGUUUUUGUACAUAUCAUUUUGGCUGUACUAUGCAAUUAGUAUUACAGACCUGUUUACCCUCAAACUCUUAAAAUUGUACAAUAUUAUCACAAAAUUGUUCAAUACGUUAUACUUGUAGUAAAAAAUAAACAUAUAGUAUAUACAAUCUAUACACCUCAAAAUCGUACAUUGUACGCCAUAAUCGUAAGAGUAAACAAGUCUGGUAUUAUUAUUUUAUAUAGAUAAGUAUAGUGAAUUGUUUUUUUUUAUGCCAUUACAAAUAUUUAAGUGAUUACCAUAUUCAAAGCAUAAAAUAUUCUCAGGAGUACCUUGAAACUUGACGCUGUUCAGUGGAAUAUUGAACAUUUUCCACUGAGGGACCGAUGUGUAGAUGUUUUUGUUUCAGAUUUGGUAAGUUGGUAA